UUAAGGAGUUAUUUGACUUUGUAUUAAAUGAAGGAGUGUAGUGGAGUUUGGGUCCUACAUGAUGCAUUUCUUUUAUCGUUGUUUAAAUGAGGCAUCAUGCUCGAAAAGGGGAACAAUCUGCAUUCCCUAGGGCUCGAGUCGCCGAUGCGCUUCCCUACUGGCUAAUCGAUGCAAAUCUGCACCUCUGGAUCGACAGCAACGGAGAUAGCGUCACCGCCGGCCCGAUCGAGUACAGAGAUCCACGGAUCCGGCUAGAACGCGAGUCGAAAUUCCACGAUCUGGACGGAAAAUUAAAGGUGGAAGGGGAGACAAAGAGGGAGGCGUCAGGGUGGGUGAAGUCCAGCGCCGGAAAUCUGACGACUCGCGUGUACGGUAAAGUGGAAUUCGAGAGCAAGCUAGUGCUGAAGCACGGUGGGAGGAAGGUGAGGGUGAGGCAGUCGGUGAGGGCGGUGGACGAGGUGCGCGUGAGAUCUGAGGCAGGGCACUCAGUAGCGGAGAUGGGGCGUGAGAGGAGGUAUCCGCUGCAGGUGAGGGCGACGGUGAUGCCGGGAUAG